AGAGCGACGGGUUUGACCCAGUCAGUCGCACCGCUUCAGGAAAAAUGGCAGCGUUGGCUUUGGCGCUGCAAGUGCGUCAGUUCAGCACAUCAGCCAUCCGGCCAGCAGCCAAGCUUGUCAAGCCCCCCAUUCAGGUUUAUGGGGUGGAAGGCCGCUAUGCCACCGCCCUGUUUUCUGCUGCCAGUAAACAGAAAAAGUUGGACCAAGUAGAAGGAGAGCUGGCACGAGUGUCGACUCUCAUAAAAGACCCCAAGCUGUCCAGCAUUGUGUUGAACCCUCAUGUCAAGCGCAGCCUCAAACAAAAGACCUUUGCUGAGGCCUUGAGCAAGGAGAACCUCUCUCCCAUCACCAUUAACUUCAUCAAUGUUUUGUCAGAGAAUGGGCGUCUGACGCUGACUGCAGAUGUCAUUGGUGCAUUUGGCAAAAUGAUGAGUGCUCAUCGUGGAGAGGUCAUCUGUUCGGUCACUACUGCACAGCCCCUGGAUGAGGCUAACCUGGCAGAUUUGAAGGGCGCUCUGAAUGGCUUCCUGGCAAAGGGGGAAACACUAAAAUUGGAGACCAAGUCUGACCCUUCCAUCCUGGGCGGGAUGAUUGUCAGUAUUGGCGAUAAGUAUGUCGACAUGUCCACCAAGACCAAGAUCCAGAAACUGACCAGAAUCAUCAGAGACAGUUAAAGUCAAACCUUGUUGGCCAGCCAUAUGCCAUCAGAGGACUGGGUCCAUUUUUCUUCCUAUGGGUACUAAAUUUUCAGCUUCCUUUGUUCAUAAUAAAUUAUUCUUUGACAUA